AUGGGAGUUAUGAACCUUAAUGAAGAAGUGGAAAAUAUGCUCUACUAUGCUGGGUCGAGCAAAGCUGUCAGAAUGUCCACUAAAGGCCGCUCGACCAAGCGAGCUUCAGGGCAAGUAUUAAAAUUAAUUUAUAAUCAAAGUCAUCAUAAUCAUCUACUCAAUAUUUCCGAUGUCUAUGGUUUGGAGAGGGAAAGAAAUGAUCCGGUCCAAUCCCACGAAGAACCAACCAACAACAACAACGAAGUUGAAAGGGAAAGAGAUGAUCCCCAUGCAACUCAAUCCACGAAUCGAAUUCUGAAGAAAAGAGGAGGAUGGAUAUGCGCAAAUGUCUUGUUAGUAAACCAAGCAUUAGUAACACUAGCAUAUUUUGGAGUGAGUAUAAAUUUAGUAUUAUUCCUCACAAGAGUAUUGAAAAAAGAGAAUGCUAUUGCUCUCAAUCAAGUUAGCAUUUGGACUGGCAUUGUCUAUUUGUUUUCCUUUUUUGCUGCCUUUAUUAGUGAUUCUUACCUGGGUCGUUUCCGCACUUUUUUUAUUUCCCAACUCAUAUUAAUCCCGGGUUUGAUAUUACUUUCAAUAACGUCAUGGAAAUUAAUGUUGAAACCAAAAGGUUGUGGUGAUGGUAACUUGGAAUGUCAAGAAGUAUCCGGAUCUAUUCAAAAUAUAUUCUUUCUAGCAAUAUUUAUGGUGGCAUUAGGAUAUGGAGGGCAUCAACCAACAUGUGUAACAUUUGGGGCAGACCAAUUUGAUGAUACUACCCAAACAGGCUUAUAUGCAAGAUCAAAAUUUUUUUCCUUUUUUUAUGUUGCACUUAACCUUGGCUCUGUAUUAUCCAACUCUUUAUUAGUGUAUUAUGAAGACAAAGGAUAUUGGACUCUUGGGUUUUUAUUGUCAACCAUUGCUGCAUUAUUAGGGCUUGCAUUGUUUUUAGUUAUAUUGAAGUGGUAUCGGGUGAUCAAGCCGCAUGGUAAUCCUAUUCCGCGCAUUUUACAAGUGUUUUGGGCUAUGUUUAAGAAGUGGGAUGUGCAAGUUGGUGCUCCGAGUGAGUUAUAUGAAGUUCAAGGGUCUGAAUCUGCUAUCAAGGGAAGUAGAAAGAUUGUUCACUCUGAAAAUUUUAAGUUUUUGGACAAAGCAGCAACACUAACAAGCAAAGAUAGAGUAGAUCCUUGUAAUCCAUGGCGUACGUGCAGCGUGACACAAGUAGAGGAAGCCAAAUGUGUGCUUAAUUUCAUUCCUCUUUGGGUUUGUACUAUAAUGUACUCAGUCAUCUUCACUCAAAUGGCGUCUAUGUUCGUCGAGCAAGGCGAUGUUAUGGACACACGUAUAUUUGGAAAAUUCGAGAUCCCUGCAGCAAGUAUGUCUUUGUUCGACAUCUUAAGUGUGGUCGUUACCACGGUUAUAUAUAAUCAUAUCCUUAUCCCUAUGCUUAAAAAACUACGUAAAUAUUCUAAAGGUUUAAGUGAACUUGAACGAAUGGGAAUUGGACUAAUAAUUGGUAUACUAGCUAUGGCUGCAGCCGGAAUUACAGAAAUCCAACGACUUAAAAAAGUGUUACCAAAUAAGAAAAGUAGUAUGUUGAGCGUGCUUUGGCAAAUGCCGCAAUACUUACUUGUGGGAACUUCUGAAGUAUUUAUGUACGUAGGGUCCUUAGAGUUUUUCAAUGGACAAGCUCCCGAUGGAAUAAAAUCUAUCGGAAGCUCGCUUGUCAUGUUGUCCAUAUCGGUUGGAAAUUUCACGAGCGUUAUUAUUGUUUUCGUGGUUAUGGGAGUGACCACUCGAGGUCAUAAACUUGGUUGGAUUCCUUCGGACUUGAAUCAAGGACAUAUUGAUCGAUUUUAUUUUCUUAUUUUGGGGUUAUCAGUCAUUAAUUUGAUCGUAUUUAGAUUCUUUGCUAGAAGAUAUAAACCAGUUAGAUUUGAGGAUAAUAGUUUUAGGCCGGAAUCUGAGCAUUUAUUUGAAAACCCUGAAAAUCAAGAAGUCACGACAAAUGUUUAG